AUGGCAAGAAGGCACGUUUCCUUCUUCAAGAAAAUGUUGUCGCUUGAAAAGACUCCUGAAGAAUCUAACACCAAAAUGUAUCCCUGGGAUGAAUCCCCUUACGAAGACAUUCGCACGAGGGCUGCUUUAAUUCGGUCCAGGGCCCUAUGUCCUGUGACGAAGAAAUCAGUCAACUUUGUAUGCCCUUAUUCUGGAAUCCCCACUCAUCAUGACGAGGAAGCAUGGCUUAAUGAUCAUGAUUAUCAUGAGAAUAAGAAGUAUGAGUUGUUGAAGAAGGUUAACUUGUACGAACACGAUCUACGUUCUGGACGAAAGUUUGACGAGUUCGUAUUCCCUGGUGCUCAAGAAGUCGACUUUACUCCAAACUUAUCCAACUGGGAUACUUUUCUUUAUACCCGGGACUUUAGUCCCAUGAAUACUGAAUUCAAUAUGGCUGCUGCUUCGAAAGUAUUGACAUAUCCUGUGACUAUUGCUUCUAUUUUACAUAAAUAUUCACCACACGAUGCUCAACCCAAAGGUCCCGUGUCUGUCGAGGGAUUGAGAUCAAUGUCAGCUUUGCAUUACACGUUGUAUCCACCAUUUUCAAAGGGUAAAGAUUCUGAAGUUACAUUUAAGGAACGUCCUAUGAGAAUUUUUAUAAUUGGUGCCAAGAUGGAAGCAAUGCUUCCAGGUUAUGUUUGGAAACAGUUUGGAUAUUUGUUCCCAGAAACCAAAUUUGAGUUGCAUUUCAUUGGGCCUGAAUGUUAUUUCAACCCUGAAACGCGAACUUUUACAUCGACCGAUCAACCCCACGGGAGACCGUUGAUUAAGCGUUAUGACGAUCAACUCACAAUGCAUUAUCAUACCCAUUACUUCCAUGAGGUCUACGAUAUGGGAGAUUUGUUCCCCUUUGAUCCUUAUUUGGAUGUGUUCUUCCUCUUCCAUCCAGGGUUCCAAACAGCAGAUUCCGUACACUGGGAUAAAUCACUCAAGGGUUUACUUGAAUCCAAAUGCCCAAUUUAUGUUACUGGUUAUCAUGAAGUCGAUGCAGCUCGUGAAAUUGCAUGGUUGGAAAACCAUCCAUUACAUGAUGAAAUGGACUUUUUAAUGGAUCAAUGCCCUAACCCAUUUGGGUCGACAAAAUUAGACUUGGUCGAUUCUAAUCCUACCGAAACAUUCCAAGCCAAUAGUGACAUCUUUGCUUUCCGUGGUAAACGGUACCAUGCCAUUAAAGUUUAG